AUGAUGUCCACGGGUCCAGCAGAGAAAUACUUUCCCCAAGUUAAAGGGCUUGAUAUGGGUGAACAACUGGCACCGGUUCUUGCUGUUUGUUCUAUAGGUACAGUUGAAGAGCCAGUUUUGGAACGACAGCCUUUAAUGUUCUGCAGAGAUACCGACUACUACUUCAUCGUAACGUCUUCACUGUUCGAAAUGAACGAAUGUUUUCGACUUAUGAAUGAACAGUCACAGUGUAAAACUCACACGAAAGAUACCACAUAA